AUGAAGUUACUCUCUAUUCUUCUCUGGAUCUCAAUUGGUCUCUGCGCGGCCAUCCCCCAGCUCGAAAAUGACUAUGCCAAACUUCUGAGUCUCAUGGAGCAUCUGGAGAAACGAACAAUGCCCCAUGAAAAGUCUGAAAAGUCUGAAAACUCAACUAUUGUCUUGUUCAGUGGAAAAGCUUCUAUUUCAGAAAAGCUAGCUCACGUUGGAUCCUUGGUGGAUAAGGGCAUCCUUAUCACAAAGCUCUACGAUAUCUCCAACAAUACUGCAGGAAACGGUGUGAUUGGUUACGUUGGUUCUUUUACUCAAAGAGAAGUACAGUCUAUUGAAGACUCUGAUACUAUUAUUGACUCUGUGUUUGCAGAUACUCUGGUCUACGCUCAGGGCCAGCUGGAGGAGCGUCAGGACAUUUACAAAACUGUGACCAACCAGCCCUAUCACCUGGCUCGUAUUUCCCACAAACAGAAUCCCAAAGGCACCACUGAGGCAGGAAAGUACUCUUACAUUCAAUACACUAGCUUCCCUACCAACAUUUAUGUUUUGGACAGUGGUAUUCGAACUAGUCAUGAAGCGUUCGGAGGAAGGGCCCAGUGGGGUGCAAACUUUGCCGACGACAUUGAUCGCGACUUGGGUGGCCAUGGAACUGCUGUAGCUAGUAUGGCAGCAGCUGUAUCUGUCGAAUCCACUAUUUGGGGUGUCAAGGUUCUGCAACUCAACACCGGAGCUCUCUCCUGGAUCAUAGCUGGUCUAGAAUGGUCCAUUAACCAUGCCACCGAAAGGAAUCAGAAGGCUGUCAUUAAUAUGUCGGUUGGAAGUGGCGCUGUUGAUAUUUACGAUAGAUUCAUGGAAAUUGCUCAGGAGCGAAACAUCGUUGUUACUGUGGCUGCUGGAAACAACGACCAGGAUGCCUGCCAAAAGUCCCCUGCGAAGUCGUCAAAGGGUAAUAUCGGAGUCUACACGGUGGGGUCUACAGGAGAUGAGGACGUUCAGAGCGGCUUUUCCAACUGGGGCGACUGCGUCACGCUGUUGGCUCCAGGUGAGGGUAUCAAGGGAGCAUCCAAAGACUCUGAUAAUGGGUAUCUAUACUGGACAGGCACCUCCAUGUCGACUCCUAUUUUCGCCGGUCUGGUAUCCUAUUGGAUGUCUAUCAGUGACUUGGAUUACGCCAACCUGGAAUACUUGCUCACCCGAAAUACCGGUCUUGUCACUGGUCUUAAGGGUAACACUCCCAACAUCCUGGCCUGGAAUUUGCACACGUAG